GGAGAGGAUCCAGGGCUUCUGGAGGUGCGGGAUGUUCUGGGGCUGAGCUCCGAAGCUGGGGCGGCGCCACGUGCAAGCUCCUGGAAUUUGCUGUCCCUCCUCCCCCCAACCCCAUCCCACCCUCCUUUCUGUCUCGCUCCUCCUGCUUGCGCGGGCUGCUGCUGCAGCUGCUGCGGCGCCGACGAAUGCUUUGAGUCUUUAAAACCUCUGCAUGGGGCGGGAGCGCAGCCCUAUUUGCUGGAAGUGGUGAGGCGAAGGUGGAAGAGCAGCCAGGCGGAGAUGGGAACCCCCCGUCUGCCUUAGUGAAACCUAAGACAUCGGCCUUGAAGUGUCUGUUCAGAGCUCUCUUCCUAGGAAGAUGUGUCUAGGACACGCAGCCAAAAAAUAUCUGUGUAGCAGAGACCGACCCAGGCGCAGCCCCGUUCUCUUUCCAAAAAGGGGACGUCUCCUUUAAGGAGGGAGCCGUGGGUUACCCGGGAAGGGGGCCGGACACCCUGUGCAAAUAGAGACAGCUGCAGAAGCGGUUCGCGAGCGAUGCUCUUCUUCACUUUCGGCUUCAGCUCCCGCCGCCACUGCUUCUCUCUCCCCUCCUCCUCCUCCUCCUCCUUCUCUUCCUCCUCCUCCUCCUCCUCCUCCACCUCCUUUGCCUCCUUCUCCUCCUUCUCUUCCUCCUCCUCCUCCACCAGCCUGCUCGAGAGCUUUUGUUUUCCGGCGCCGAGGAGAGAGCUGCUAUGUCCGGAAAGUUCCCAGAGGAAUCAGCUCGGGCCACGCUGCUUGGGCUCCGCUGGGAUUCCCUGGGCUUUGUCCUUUGUCCGAGUUAGAAGGACUGCUGUGGAAGAUGGAAUGCCUCUGUUUCCAGGCGUGUGUUUUUAAGCUGGCCAAAUGGAAUCUCGACCUUCUGAUCGAUGGUGAAAUGUUUCAAGGACCCUUAUGUCUUGGGUUGGACAUUCCAUUCUUCUGAAUCAAAUCAUGGUCCUCUCGGCAGUGCUGACAGCUGCCCAUCCUGGGACAGCAAACACAACUUUUGUUAUUUAUGAAAACGCCUAUAUUAAUUUUACCACCCCUCCCUCCGUCCUUUAUGGUGGCGUGGAUUCGCCCCUGAGGCACGGUGUGGACCCCACUAGCACCACCACCGAGACCAGUUCAUUAACGGCGAACAGUACAUCCGCUUCCUCAACGUCAGAAGCUUUCAAGAGCCUAAGCUUGCCUCUGCAGAUCAUCCUUUCUGCCAUAAUGAUAUUUAUUUUGCUGGUUUCUUUUCUUGGGAACUUUGUCGUCUGCCUUAUGGUCUACCAGAAGGCUGCCAUGCGUUCUGCAAUUAACAUCCUGCUUGCCAGCUUGGCGUUUGCAGACAUGCUGCUGGCCGUGCUGAACAUGCCCUUUGCCCUGGUGACUAUCCUCACGACUCAGUGGAUUUUUGGGAAAGUCUUCUGCAGGGUGUCCGCUAUGUUUUUUUGGCUCUUUGUUAUCGAGGGAGUUGCUAUCCUGCUUAUUAUCAGCAUCGACAGAUUCCUGAUUAUAGUUCAGAGGCAGGAUAAGCUGAACCCAUAUCGCGCUAAGAUGCUCAUCGCCGUGUCUUGGGCCACUUCGUUUUGCGUGGCGUUCCCUUUGGCCGUGGGCAACCCAGAUCUGCAGAUCCCUUCCAGAGCCCCCCAGUGCGUGUUUGGCUACACCACCAACCCCGGCUACCAGGCUUAUGUCAUCCUGGUGGUUCUCAUUUCUUUUUUUAUCCCUUUCCUGAUGAUGCUGUAUUCUUUCAUGGGCAUCCUCAAUACCGUGCGGCACAACGCAGUCCGAAUUCAUAGCUAUCCUGAGGGCAUUUGCCUCAGUCAAGCCAGCAAGCUGGGCCUCAUGAGUCUGCAGAGACCCUUCCAGAUGAGCAUUGAUAUGAGCUUUAAGACACGUGCCUUCACCACCAUCUUGAUUCUCUUUGUCGUCUUCAUCGUCUGCUGGGCUCCGUUCACGACGUACAGCCUCGUGGCCACAUUUGACAGCCACUUCUACUACAAGCACAACUUCUUUGAAAUCAGCACCUGGCUACUGUGGCUCUGCUACCUCAAAUCUGCUUUAAACCCGCUGAUUUACUACUGGAGAAUCAAGAAAUUUCAUGAUGCCUGCCUAGACUUAAUGCCCAAGUCCUUCAAGUUUUUGCCACAGCUCCCAGGACACACGAAACGACGCAUUCGCCCCAGUGCUGUGUAUGUGUGUGCAGAGCACCGAACAGUAGUGUGAAACGAGAACAAUUGCAUGUUUACACGUGGGUGGGGGUUUUCUUCCACUUUCUGAUUGAUUUUUAAAAUAUGGCUUCCUCACCUGCCAUAUAUAUCUAUACACACAUACGUAUGUAUAUAUAUAUUCAUUCAUGUACAGGAAUACUUGAGUGUAUUGGAGAGAGAGAGAGAGAGAGAGAGAGAGAGAGAGAGAGAGAGAGAGAGAGAGAGAGAGAGAGAGAGAGUAUUUGUAUGUACAAGAUAAGAGAAAUUAUUUAUUGGAUGUACUGUUUGCUACUAGGGAUAUCUAAUAGUGAAAUGAUGAGAGAUGUUACCUCUAGGAUUCAAGGAAAGCUCACACUUUGGGGGAAAAAAAGUUGUGGGUUUUUUUUUUUUCUUACCACGUGGAUCAGGUUGUGCUCAUUUCUCAUGGAGCCUCUACUUUGCAUUGAAUUGUAGAUGUGUUGUUGCUGCUAAGGUAUUCUUAGUUGAGUUUUGCAUGUUUUUACCCCCCUAGGAAGACACUGCUGCUUUUUGCCAUUGCAUUGGAGCCAAAAGUUUUGCAUUCUUCAGUGGAAAAAUGUCAACUAUUUAAUUAUUAUUAUUAAAAAUAAUGACUAAGUUGUUAUUAAUGGUAAUAAUAAAAUUCUAGGGGUUAUGACAUUUGAAAAGUCAUUAAUAUUUACUUUGGUGCACUUUAUGAAACAGUUAUGAACUGCAAUUCAUCUGAUGUUUGGGGCCACAUAUUUUUUUCAGAGUUAUUUUUACAUGUGGCUUAUUUUAUUGGAGUCUAGUUUUAGUAGUAAAAAAAAAAAAUGCUUUCCUUUAUUCUAGCCAUAGAAUUUCUUUACUCUUUACUCUGCAUUCUUGGUUUUAUUGGUUGGACCUACUAAAGGUUAAAUUCAGCAGUAUUUCUGUUAUAGUAGAGGUCUGAAGGGCAGAACUGAGGGCAGUGGAAAGCCAAAGGUUCUUAUUGAUAUGCAAUAAGCAUAGGGAUAGGGACUAGACCUCUGAUUUUGCUAGAGAAAUCUUGGAUGAAGAAAUUCCCUCUUCCAAAGUAAGUUGAUGCCUUUUCUUUGACAUGUAGCCUUAGUGAGUUGCCAAGGGUUAUCUAGCCAGAAUGGGUCAGAGUCAGGAUUUGAAUGAACUCAAGUCUUCUGGCUCCCAAAGCCAACUCUCUGUCCUCUGCACCAUACUGUCUCUAUAAAAUAGGAAAUGGUUAUCAAGGAUGAGAAAGUUCUCUGAAGUCAGAAGGGUUAUUUUUAGUGACCAUAGAAAGGCACCUUCUAUUCGGGAACAGGGUAUGUUAUAUUUAGUAACUAAGAAAGAUUGGAGAGAGAUUCAGAAUUUCUUUGGCCUUUUAUAGAAAAGAACUUUUAUAUGGGGAUGGGGUAGAGAAUUGUAGAACUGAUAAUGCACUAAAAAUUGAGAAAUAAAAAUAUAUGGAAAACUUAAUAAACUACAAGGCCAUAAGAUGAUUUCUUGAUUGAGAAGACGAGUUGGGUAACAUUUCCAAUGCCUUUUGUACAAACCCUCGUGUUCAAGGACCCUCCUGGGCUAUAACUGUAACAGCUUCCAGGCCUGCCCAGAGAUGUAGUUUGGGGCAAUGUAUCAGAUGUGUUUAAUGCCAACCCCCAAGCAAAGCCAGGAUUUGGAGAGAUGAGAAUUCUCUGAAUUUCAGAUCUCCCACUAGUAAGUAAAAAUGGGAUAGAUACCCACUAGAGUAGGACAGGCACUUGACGUGUUUUUUUUUUCCUAUUUGUAAUGAUAAAUCCACACAGACCCUUCCUCCUUUCCCCUCUCCCCACUUUCUUAUUGAUUUUUUAAAAAUGGAUUUUUCCACCUUGGUCAGGCUGAAAAAUGCAGGGACUACUCAGGUCCAAUUCCACUACUGAUCAGCAUAGGAGCUUUGAUUUGAUCCAUUUCUGACCCAAACUGGUUUACUCUUCUAGGUAAACUGGUGAAAUCUGCUAUUAGAACUCAUCAUACACAUAACAAACUUAAUGUGGAUUCCACUAAAGCUCAGAACUCCUGAACUCAAGGAGUCCUCGAGCUUCAUUCUCUCUGGUAGCUGGGAUUAUAGAUUUAACCCACUAAAAAUAAGAACUGCUGAGCUCCAGAGAUCCUCUGACCUCAACCACUCUGAUGACUGAGAUUACAAAUUCAUAUUGACUAUUUCUGGUUACUUAAGGCAUGUGAACAAAACACCCAGAAGGGAUGAGAAAGGGGCCAGGAAAGAACAAAUCUAGCUGGCCCAUAAGCAAUUGAACUUUGGGCUUUUCUACUUUAACCAACUGAAGUAAUAGCAAUUAAUAUUUCUGAUUUAUAGUGUCAUCACCCUCAGUCUCAUCUUCCAUAGCUCAAGAGUGUCAGUGAUUUCAGGGUAUUAAUCAUCUUUAAUAGCUCAAAAGAAGUGUGUUUGCUGAACUGGAAAUAGAUAAUUGAAUAAUCCAAAUCAGAAGAAUGUAAUGGCAUUGUUUUCCAAUAUUUCCUUGAACUUUUUAUUUCCCCACCUCUUCUUCAAAAGUGGCAUAGUGCACAGCUCGGAAGAGCUGUGGAUUUGGGAGGUAAAAGAAAAUAUAAAAAUCCAAGGGCUCUGAUUUUAAGGUAUCCAACUUCUAUCAAGUUAAAGAAUUUAAAAAAAAAUGUAGUGUAAAUCCAUAUUUUGGUUUUGCACUAUUUGCAUCUGAUAGUCACCUACCUUUUUAAUUUUUAAAAAUUGAUGUUAGUCACUAAUUCUAACUUCUCAUUUACAAGUAAAAUUACAAGUUGCCAGCAUUAGAAGUUUGACAGUAUUCACUAAGGAUCAUUACCAUUUACUAAACUGUUCCACAGAGCCCUGGUGUUCUUCCUUAUGAUGUCAGUAGUGGUCUCAUAAGAAUGUUUUGAUGCAAUUGAUAUUUCCCUUCUAAAAUAUGAAAUGAUGGAAUCUCUAUCAGUAGUAAUUGUGUGAAUUUUUUUCAGACUUUCCCUGCCUAUCUUUUCAUUUCUGAGAUGAUUUGUACACUUAUCCCCAGUCCAGCAUUUAUGGGUUUUGUGAAUAUAUUUCAAGUCUAAAACUACUCUGUGGCCAAAUUAACUUAGAAAUAUUUCUUUAUGUAAAAUUAAAAUACUAUAUGGUCUAUACUAGUCACAGAUUGAAAUGUGUUGUUCGCCUCUGACUAGUUCACUAACUGGAUUUUUAAAACGGGUAUUAAAGUGGUGGAAUAGAAGUGAAAAAAAUUUCUAAGGCUAAUAAUCAGUAUAAUCUGCAUUCUCCUACAUGGUUGUUUUUAUUUUGGGUGUGUUUUUAUUUUAAAAUUACUGUCAGGUAGUUGUAAUUUUAUUUUUUAUUUUUAAAGAAUAGCUUGUUAGAUACUGUUGUAUUAUUUAUGAACAAUGCAGAAUUUGACAGGAUUAUAAGUUGAGAUGCCACGGAAUGCUGAAAGGAUCCUGAAAGGUCAACAUUGAUACCUCAUAGCAGUGCUAAUAACCUCAGAUAAUCGUUUGAUCCUGUAGUAGGAUUACUAGGUUAUAUUUAAGGAUCCUAAGAUCUUGUAUCUAGAGCUAGAUAGGGAUCUCGAGAGAUCAGUUGUUUCAACUCCCUCAUUUACAGAAGAAGCAACAGAGUUCCAGAGGGAUUGAACAACCUACCCCAUGUCACAAAUAUAAUAAGUAACAACUAGAAUUUGAUCUUGGGUCCUGUGACUGUGAUGUUCAAUGCUGUUUCCACUACAGUACUUUUAAAUAAUUUUAACUUUUUUCUGAUUUGUUUAAAAUUAAGGUUUAAAUUUAUACUUUCAGGUGCAAAAUUUUCAUUCAUUGACUGUUUACCGCUUUUGGUUUUUUUUGUUGGGCACCACGAAAUAUGCUCCUACUGCUUACUGCCAUUCAUGGGAUCUAGAACAGAUCUAGAACUGAUAAAAAAGGCUCUAGAAGAAAAGAAGUCCAUGUUAUAAGCCAAAUAGAAUGAUUUCAUUGUGCAAUUAGGUUAUUUCCUCUUCUAUCAAUAUUUUUAGAAAUGACAACCAUAUAGAUGUCUGUUUAUCAUUUUUAUUUUUAUUAAUGCUAAUUAUUGAGAAUAAGGAGCAAGACUGAUCUUAGAUCCUAAUACACAUAGAGGAUAAAAUUUGCAUAUUUACUAUGCCUUAUUUGUUGACAUUUUGUCUUAGACCAAGCCUUUGACUAUAUCAGGUUUUCCUUGACUUUGGACUUGUUCAUCUCCAAAUUAUUGGAGGAAAAACAAGUGAUUUUAAAUUUAAAAGUCAUAAUUUUUCAGAGUUUUAUGGAUAAAUAUCUAUGUUGUCUCAUUCUCCCUAGAGAAGUAUUAUUAGCUAUUAACUCAUUCUAUGUGGCUUCAUGGAAAGUGUACAAAAAAAAAGGUCAAGAUGAAGAUGAACUCAAUUUCUAUUGCUCUGCUAUUCUAGUCAUGUUUUAAUGAAGGCAUGAGUUAAAAUGAACUUGUUAUAACUUUUAAUCUAUAUAAAUCUGUUGCCAAUGGUGGUCUUUUGUAAAAAGCUAGUAAUAUUGGUAAUAAUUGAUCUUUGUUUUGGCCGUUUACAGUUUACAUGAAAAUGUUUAUGUAUAUAUCCAAGAUAAUUGUACUUAUCAACUUAUCUUCCUUGCCUGACAUUUUCAUACUACUGUGAUUUUGAAUCUAUAUGUGAAGAACUGCUGGAUUACAACUUGUUCUCAUGAGGAUUUUGCAAUCAUAAUUCUGCACUUUUAACUUCUUUGGAAAUUCCAAUUUUGUAACAAUAAAGGAAACCUUCAGAGCACAUGUUUCUUAUUGCAGAUAAAAUAGUGACACAUUUCCUAGAUGUCUGUCCAUCUCCAUUAGAGCCAGUUCUUUGUGAUGAAGUGAGAUUUCCUUUACAGCUAAAACUCACUUUUAUGGAAAAGCUUGAAAUAUUGGUUUAAAAAUUUGAAUCUUCUACAAGUGAUUGUUCUGUGCAUAUUCUUAUUUCAAUUGUGAAGAUGAAUCUCAACUAAAAAAAUAAAUGUUUAACUUUUUA